GCCGAAUCCAAAAUCUCCCCACACAACCUCAACGACCUCAAGAACACCACCGACGAUGCCUUGGGGAACUACCUCCGCGGGCUCUCUUUCCAACAGGACAAUUCGAAGCUGGACGUGCGGUUAGCCCUGGGCUAUGUAUCCGUGAUCAUCGCCGGAGUCAUCUUCUACGCCGACUGGAAACUGGGCUGGGAGGCGACGAAGGGCUGGACGGCCGUCGCCGUCGCAGCAUAUGCGGUCCUGAACGGAGGAUUUACGUACUGGAUGUGGGCGGUAGAGAAGGGACUGGUAUUUGAGGGCAGCAAGAACGGGAAGAAGAUCGUUAUCCUCUCCUCCCAGAAGAAGCACGAUCCCACCUACUACCUCGACGUCACGACGACCGCGGGCCCCGGCGCGACGGCCAGCUCAUGGCAGAUCCGCGCGCCCUACACGACGUGGUUCACCGCGGACGGGGUCUUCGUCGCCAAGCCGUUUCAGAAGUGGCUCGCGAGUACGAUCACGGCGGUUGGAGAUGAAGAUUUGAAGAAC